AUGGAGGUGGUGGCCGGCUGCUACGAGCAGAUUCUUUUCGGGUUCGCCGUGCGCACCGAGCCCGGACCCGCCGCUCAGACCUGGACCCCAGUAGCGGACUUCACUCACCAUGCUCACACGGCCUCCUUGUCCGCGGUUGCCGUCAACAACCGUUUCGUGGUCACUGGGAGUAAGGAUGAGACAAUCCACAUCUACGAUAUGAAAAAGAAAGUGGAACACGGGGCCCUACUCCAUCAUAAUGGCACGAUAACCUGUCUGAAAUUCCACGGCAGCGGACACUUAAUCAGCGGCGCAGAAGAUGGGUUAAUUUGUGUUUGGGAUGCCAAGAGGUGGGAGUGCCUGAAAACGAUCAAGGCACACAAGGGCUGUGUGACCUCCCUUUCUAUUCAUCCAUCUGGAAAAUUAGCCCUGUCAGUGGGAACAGACAGAACAUUAAGAACAUGGAAUCUUAUAGAAGGCAGAUCUGCAUUUAUAAAAAAUAUAAAGCAAAAUGCUCAUAUAGUUGAGUGGUCACCUGGCGGAGAGAAGUACGUAGUUGUCUUCCCGAACAAAAUCGACAUAUACGAACUUGAGACGGCGUCCGUCAGCGGCAGCAUCACGAAUGAAAAGAGGAUUUCCUCGGUUGCGUUUAUUUCAGAGUCUGUCUUGGCUGUGGCUGGAGAUGAAGAAAUUGUAAGAUUGUUCAGUUGCACUACCCAAAAGUGUCUCCAUGAAUUUAAGGCUCAUGAAAACAGAGUAAAAGACAUGUGCAGUUUUGAGGUCCCCGAGCAUCCCGUUCUCGUCACAGCAUCAAGUGAUGGAUUCAUCAAAAUGUGGCAGUUUCAGCAGAAAAAGAAAACUCCCCUAUCUUUACUGUGUGAAAUGACCACGAAGGCCAGAUUAACGUGCCUUGGCGUAUGGCUCGGUAACGUCCCGGACACCAAAGCAGGGCUCCCUGCUGCUGGGGCAGCGGUGCAGGGGAGCGAAGAAGAACAGCAAUCCACAACAAGCAGUAAGAACCUCGGUCACCCUGUUGAGAAUGUUGGACGAGAAAAGGAAGAUAGUGUCUCAAAAAAGAGCCAAAAGUCACCCAAGAAAAGAAAAUUGGAGAGUACUCAGGAAAAGAAGAAAAAAAAGAAAGGGCGAAAUUCAGAAUGAGUCUGAGAUUCGUCUACUGGAACCGUCCUAUUGAGUGAACUUAGUUUUUCGGUCAGAUAAAUGAAAGGAAUUUUUCCAUUGCUAGAUAUCUGGAUUUUCCAUAGGUAUUUUCUUGUAUUGUCCCCAUUUUCCAGAUGAGGAAACCGGGGCCCAAAGAGGUUCAGCAGCUUGCCCAAGAGUGUACUGUAGCCUGGUGACAGCCAGGAUGAGGCCACGCGUAUUAUGUCAUGAAGAUGCUCACCUCCGUAAAUAUUCAGCUUAAACUAUUAACAUUGAAAUUGGUGGCAGCGGGAUCGCGUAGGGGUAUGCCUGACGUGCAAUAUUUUUUAAACAGAUAUCCAGCCAUUGAGUAAGGUUUCCUUAAAGAACCAGACUUCAAACAUGAAGCAACUGGCCACAUUAUUUUUGCAGGGUCAAGUAUGAUAUCCCUCGGAAAGAAAUCUUGUUCAAAAGUGAAAAGCACCCCAGUGCUCAAAAAAAAAAAUGUAAAUGCAUAUAAGGUUCUAGCUACUGUAGCUCAACUUCUAUUUAUGUCCUCUUGGAAGAGCUACGUUUGAUAAGUUGCAUACAGUAAAGUGUGUUACCUUU